AUGGACGCAUCCACGUCCACGUCCCGCCUCAGAACAUCCCACUUUGGCACUUACACACCGUCCGGGCCGCUAAGUGCAGGCGCUGCAGGGGGUCAGGUGGGGUCGAGAUUCACGGCGUUUUGCAGCGGGAAGCGCGAGCUGCGCCCACCACGAGUCCCUCGACCACUUAACACCGUGACACCGACACCGGCUCUCCAAGUUUCGGUCGCAUAUUGCGUGGUCUACCUCUGUACGGCAACAUGGGAAAUGCGGAGAGGAUUGCCGUCCGGCGCUGCUAGUGGUCUGCCGACGCCGCGACAUGCAUCCCACGACAAGGGCGAUCCCAAGACACGCCGUGAUUCUCGUCUUAUUAUCGUUCCCUAA